CUCCAGGUAUUCUCCAGGUAUACUCCAGGUGGUUGAGUGUGGGUCAUACGUAGUGUGAGUGUUAUCGUUAAUGUUUCCUUAUCCAGGCACAAGAUGGCGCGGGGCGUUCAUGAAGGAGGUCGCAGCUCCAGACUCAGCUGUGGACCAGCAACCCAUGCAAGAACCGAAGCUAGAACCGAAGUGGAAGCCAAGGCUGGACUCCAGGUGGAAACCGAAGGUGGAAAUGAAACCGGAGCCGAAGCCAGAAGAGAAGUUGAAACCGAGGGUGGAAUCCAGGUGGAAACCGAAGGUGGAAAUGAAGCCGGAGCCGAAGCCAGAAGAAAAGUUGAAACCAAGACUGGAAUCCAGGUGGAAACCGAAGGUGGAAACGAAGCCAGAACUGAAAGCAGAGACGAAGCCGGAACUGAAACCAGAGGCAAAGUUGGAACUGAAACCAGAAUCGAAGCCAGAAGAGUUGAAACCAAAACUGGAAUCCAGGUGGAAACCAAAGGUGGAAUCAAAACCAGAACCAAAACCAGAACAGAAGCCGGAGCCGCGAUGGAAACCAAGGCCAGACCUGAAGUCAGAACCAGAACCGGAACUAACCCCAAAACCAAAGUGGAAAUCAAAACCGGAGCCAAAAUCGGAACCGAAACCAGAACCGAUGCCGGAGCCGGAGCCGGAACCGGAGACUACAGCCGAAGAUGACGCUAGCAGCGACCUCCUGUGUCCGUUAUGCUCGGAGUUAUACGACGACGAGCAGCGGGAACCCGUCCUCCUCCCGCGGUGUGGACACACCUUCUGCAGGCCCUGUCUCUCCAAGGACGUGAAGAAGGGCCACUUCCCGUGCCCCACCUGCAGGAAGCGUCACCUCAAGCCCACUGUCGACCAGCUCCCUGUGCAAGCUGACCUCCUGGCCAGAGCAGAGGCCUUCAGGGAGUCCAAGGUUAGCAAUUACACUGCUUGAUGGCUUGCAAAGACC